UUUUUGGCUGCUUGUCUAAUAGUCUUUAAAUGCAAGACGAAAAAUUGUUUUCUGUUUGUCCUUUGCUUCUCCCACAAUGCAAAGAUGGUCUGACAUACGAUGGUUUCAUUGAAAUUAACGGGCAAACAUUCAGAUUGUCUAUAGUGCGGCCAAAUUUGGAAUCAUUAAAAGGGGCUAGUGUCAGUUGUAGCUGGAGAUUAUGGAACAUUUUACAUCAUUAUCAGGAUGUUAUUAAACAGAGAUUACAUCAGAGCGAAAGUCUUGAGUCAUUUAUUGUGGAGUUCAAAAACCUUGCGGAAAAUUUGGUAAAAUGUAAGGAAGAUGAUAUUGGAAUGCAAUCAUUGCCUCUUGACACCUACUCCUUGCUGACCAAUGAAUUGGAGCAUAUUGGUUGGGACAAACUGGUGUUCAUCAAUGAAUCAUUUGAUGUGAUUAAGCUGAGAACAAGUGAUACAAAAGGACGAGAACAUAUUUUAACAGUGCAUAUUCCAUCUAAGUAUCCCCAAGUUGUACCAAAAUGUACCGCUGAUGUUCCCGCUACAUUUCAUUUCAAAGGAUCCAGUACAGCAGAGGACAAUAUGUUGGAAUCUAUUUAUAACGAAUUUUCCAAGGUUGUUUUAUCUUACGAUGUAUUUUGGAAUGUCAUGGAUGAAAUAGAUCAGAAUUGCUGGAUUCUAGAGCCAGAGAAUCCGACCAGAGCCGAUGCCUCGAGACGAAUUGCAUUAGGAAACAAUACAUCACUCCUGGUUAGGAUCAAUGUACAACAUCCUACGACUAUGCCCGAGUGUCAUCUCAUGGGAGCCGACAGUGUUGUGAUGAAGUUGCGAGAAAAUAUGAACAAAAAUCUGGAUCAAUGGGACCCAGGAAGAUCUGUUCUAGUGAACCUUGAGAACCUUCUAGAAGCUAAAUUCCCUUCACGUCAGACAAGCCAGAAAGAGGAUUUCAGUCAAGAAUGUGGUAUUUGCUAUGCAUACAGACUUGACAAUGCCAUUCCAGAGAGUGCGUGCGACGAUCCUCGCUGUGGAAAACCUUUUCAUACAAAUUGUUUAUAUGAAUGGCUUCGAUCUCUGCCCUCCAGUAGACAAAGUUUCAACAUCAUUUUUGGAGAAUGUCCUUAUUGUAACAAGCCGAUAACUGUGAAGGUCAAAUAGAAAUUGCAAGAACAAAAGGAUGACGACGAGCUUAUAAAACGAUCUUUUUUUCCAACUGGUACGCGUGAG